AAGAAGUAAGAACAGGAAAACAAACUAGUUUACCUGUUUGUCCUGCUGCUCGCUCCUCUUUUACAUCUCUCUCUCUCUCCUCCGAUUCCGCCAUGAAAGCACCUUGAAAAUCCCUGCAAAACCCCCUCACAUUCUCUGAACUCACCCUGUCCUGUGCACUUCUUCUUGCUCUCUGCUGAAGAAAUGGGCUCUCUUGUGCCAUUUCAAGACUUGAAUCUGUCGCCGGAAGUACCCCAAACCGCUGCUUCCGCCACUCCUUCCACCGCCUCCACUCCUUCUCUCUUGAUUCCCAAGAUCGAGCCCAAACAAGAACCCGUCGAUGAAUUGCGCCCAAUUCAACAAGAACCUUCUCAGGGAUACGCUGAUUUUGCUUCCAAUUCUACCCCUGACUUCCUCAAUAAUUCUCACCUUUCGCCUCUUCCGCAAUCCUCUCCCUCCAACGUGGACCAGGAGAAGCUCUACUCGGAGUUCUUCCGAAUCUCCGAGCUUUUCCGCUCCGCCUUUGCCAAGAGUUUGGAGAAGUAUGGCGACAUCCAGGUUGUUGACCCCGAUUCACGCGCUAUUGUUCCGGUGCCUGAACAGGUGCCUGAACAAGAGGAUGACAGAACCCUCUCCGUUGCCUUUUCGCGUCGCCGGUUUCAAAGAUCCGGGGAGCUCGUUCGGGUCACAAAUUUGGGUAUCGAAGAUAUGCGACAUUUCCGGGGCGAUGUGCGGAGGGCCCGCAGGCUCUACGAUUCACUCCGCAUUCUCGCUGCGGUGGAGGAGGAGAAGCGUAACCCAGGCACUGGAAGACGGGCACGAGGUGAUUUGAGAGCGGCUGCAGUGAUGAGGGAUCGAGGGUUGUGGCUACAUCGUGAUAAAAGGAUUGUGGGGUCAAUUCCUGGACUGGAAGUUGGGGACCUGUUCUUUUUCAGAAUGGAGUUGUGCGUGCUUGGAAUACAUGGGCAACCUCAGGCUGGGAUUGACUAUGUUACGGCUAGCCAUAGCUCCAAUGGAGAACCAAUUGCAACUAGCAUUAUUGUUUCGGGUGGGUAUGAGGAUGAUCAGGAUGCAGGUGACCUGCUUAUCUACACUGGUCAUGGGGGGCAGGACAAAUUUUCAAGGCAAUGCAUGCACCAAAAGCUGGAAGGUGGGAAUCUUGCGUUGGAGAGGAGCAUGCAGUAUGGAAUUGAGAUAAGAGUGAUUAGGGGAAUCAGGUAUGAAAAUAGUGUCAGUAGUAAGCUUUAUGUUUACGAUGGCUUGUAUAGGAUUCUUGAUUGUUGGUUUGAUGUGGGAAAGUCUGGUUUUGGGGUUUUUAAGUAUAAGCUGUUGAGAAUGGAGGGGCAACCGGAGAUGGGCAGUGCGGUGCUAAAGUUUGCUGAGACUCUCAGGAGAGGGCCGUUGCAAGCGAGACCAGUAGGUUAUCUGAGUCUUGAUAUAUCAAUGAACAAGGAGAGUCUUCCUGUUUUGCUUUAUAAUGAUCUUGACAGUAAUCAUGAUCCAUUGUACUAUGAGUAUAUUGUAAGGACUGUGUUUCCUCCAUUUGUCUUUAGCCAGGCCAGUAAUGGUGCUGGAUGUACUUGUGUUUCAGGGUGCACUGAAGGUUGUUUUUGUGCUAUGAAGAAUGGUGGUGAGUUUGCCUAUGAUUAUAAUGGCCUUCUUGUGAGAGGGAAGCCGGUAAUAUUUGAAUGUGGAACAUUCUGUCAGUGUCCACUGACUUGCCGUAAUCGUGUUGCUCAAAGAGGACUGAGAAAUAGAAUGGAAGUGUUUAGGUCAAGGGAAACGGGUUGGGGAGUAAGGUCCUUGGACUUGAUACAAGCUGGUGCUUUUAUAUGCGAGUAUGCAGGAGUUGUUCUAACCAGGGAGCAAGCAGAGGUUUUCUCGAUGGAUGGUGAUACAUUGAUUUAUCCUGGUCGCUUUUCUGGUAGAUGGACAGAAUGGGGGGAUUUGUCUCAAGUAUUUCCUGAGUAUGUGCGUCCUUCAUAUCCCUCAAUUCCACCUUUGGAUUUUGCUAUGGAUGUAUCCAGAAUGAGGAAUGUUGCUUGUUAUAUGAGCCAUAGUUCUACUCCAAAUGUGCUGCUGCAGUUUGUUUUAUAUGAUCACAACAACUUGAUGUUCCCUCAUCUUAUGCUUUUUGCAAUAGAAACUAUCCCUCCCCUGAGGGAGCUUAGCCUCGACUAUGGUGUAGCUGAUGAAGGCACUGGGAAGCUCUUUAUUUGUAAUAACUAACUAAAUAAUCUUAAAGAGUUUUUUCUUGUCUGGUCCAGCGAAGUGUGAUGGACGUGGUACCUGAGGUAAAGAGAGGUGAUCAAUCUAUUAUACAUACCAAGUUCUUUGGUCAUGAGCAUCGUCUUUGUGACAUUCCUGAUGACUUUGACCUGUUACCUUCUAGCACUGCUUUAUCUUUACUAUGACCCAGAUUAUCUUCUACCAUGUCUUUAUCUUUCUCUUGCCUUUACUCUUUCCAGAAAGGUUAUCGAGGUAACUAGGUAACAUCAGAAAGGGAAGCAGGUAAGGGAGUCUUUGACAACUUGUUUUCAACUGACAACAGUUAUGUCCUCUCCAGAAGUGUAGAAUGAAGCCUUUGUAUGCUCGAUAUCACAGGGACUUGCCACCAUGUGGCCUUGUAAGCUCAUAAACGACUUUGAACCUU